AUGAGGCCUAAGACAGGCCAGGUGGGCUAUGAGACCCCCAGGGGGCAGAGCCCUGGCCCCAAGCAGCUCUGGCCCCUGCUGUUGCUGGGCUUGGCCAUGGGCGCCCAUUGCCAGCUGCCCCCAACGACAGCAGCACCACCAAGCAGGGUCCCAGGCCCUGGAGCCCCAGCAGGAAGCAGCCCUCGGAGCCUAUGGGACAGGUUCCUGUUCUGGCCUGGCCCCCACGGGGCAGGCCCCAGGUGCUGGCCCGGUGGGUUUUGGUCCGAAACUCAAUCACCCUGGCUUGUUUUCAGUGAAGGAACCCAGCUCACUGUCCUAGGUCAGCCCAAGUCUGCACCCUUGGUCAUGCUCUUCCUGCCCUUCUCUGAGGAGCUCAGAGCCAACAAGGCCAUCCUGGUGUGCCUCAUCAGUGAUUUCUACCCUGGCAACUUGACGGUGACCUGGAAGGCAGACGGGACCCCUGUCACCCAGGGUGUGGAGACCACCAAGCCUUUCAAACAGAGCAACAACAAGUAUGUGGCCAGCAGCUACCUGAGUCUGUCACCUGACAAGUGGAAAUCUUAUAGAAAUUUUACCUGCCAGGUCACACACGAGGGGAGCACCGUGGAGAAGAGGGUGGUGCCCUCAGAGUGCUCUUAGGUGCCUGAGACCCCCACUCACCCAAGAGGAUGUGCAGCCAAUGGACCUCCAGGAAGGUCUCUCCUCCCA